AUGCUCUACUAUCAGGCAGGCUUUUGAAAUAAUUGUUUGUAUUGGAAUAAUAAAAAAAAUUUACUGCCUCCCUUCAAGCCAAUAGAAAUUCACAUCAAAAUUCCAUUUAAAUACUCAAUAUCGAUUUCGUGAGGAAGCAGCACUCUUCACGAGCCUGAAAUGUACCCACAGUCACGAUUUUUUGCCCGUCAGUUGAACCCCGGCGUUAUCCUAACCCAAGAGCUGAAAAUGAAAAUGUACAACUUUGAGGCACUCCAUCGCGAGAAGAGCCAACUGGAGACUGAUAUCGAGCUGAUUCGCAAGCAGCAGGACUCCAUUGAGGAUAAGCUCGCCGAAGCACUGGCCGAAGAUGAAUUCCAACGCUGUUUGAACGGCCACAUGACGAUCGGUCCCAAUGACAGCGAAGUGCUGGAGAUAUUCAAGAAGCAUUUGAACAGCACCAUCGAUAAACUGGCCAGCAAAUACGAGCGCAAAAUUUAUUUGGACACUGAUCUGCAGAAGCUCAAGAUGACCAUCGAAAAGGAUAUUAUGAAAGUCAACGAGGAGGCGGCUGCAGCCGAAACUGCGACAUCCUAACGCCCAAACUUAACGUACAAUGAGAGGGGCAACACUUGGCUAAAUACUGGAUUUACAAAAUGAAAUUUCUGUUGCACUCUGCAAGUCUAUCUAGCCAGGCUAACGUUCUGGUACAGAUGAUGUUCACAUCGAUUCAAUUGAAUUCAGUUUUGUCCCGGUGUAACACUUCUACUGCGAUUGGUUGCCUGAUUUAGUUAAUUUUAAAAAUUUUUGAAUUUGUCAUAGUUAGUUGUCUUUAGUUACACAGUCACACUCUUGUCUCCACUGUUUUUAGCUGCGGUCUCUAUUCAAAGAUACCAUGAGUGUACCAAAAAUAUAAAUAAAUAAAAAAAUAUAGAAAAUUCUAGUAAACCUACAA